AUGAACACAUUCAAUAGCAUGAACACUACUAGCCAUGAAACGCUGUUCCAGCAGCUCGUCUCGAGUCUUGACGGAAUACCGCUAAUGGACGUUCACUGGUUGAUCUACGUGGCCUUUGGCGCUUGGCUAUGCUCUUGUGUCAUUCAUGUCCUAUUGUCCUCGUCUACAGUCAAAGUCCCCUUUGUAGGAUACCGAAGCGUCUUUGAGCCUACAUGGCUUCUCCGUUUACGCUUCGUCUGGGAAGGGGGAUCUAUCAUCAGUCAAGGCUACAACAAGUUUAAAGACUCUAUCUUUCAGGUGCGAAAGCUUGGUACCGAUAUCGUCAUCAUCCCACCGAAUCACAUCGAUGAAGUCCGAAAGCUGUCUCAGGACAAGACUCGCUCGGUAGAGCCCUUCAUCAAUGACUUUGCUGGCCAGUACACGCGCGGUAUGGUGUUUCUGCAAAGCGACCUGCAGAACCGUGUGAUUCAGCAGCGGCUGACGCCAAAACUCGUGUCGUUGACAAAGGUGAUGAAGGAGGAACUGGACUAUGCAUUGACCAAAGAGAUGCCUGAUAUAAAAGGCGAGACUCUCUCAGCUCCUUCAACUGGUUCAACAAAUGCUAAUGAUUCUUAG